CAUUUACCUGUAUGUUCCCCAAAUGCACCAGUGAAGAGAUGGGUCCUUGAAGUCAGUCUGCUGGUCAUCCUCUCUCUGAAGGUAAGCAGAGUCGCUGUGAAGCUCUGCAGCUUCGUUAACUCCACGUUAACUCACAGAACGACUCACGUCCGUGAGAUGAAGACCGCCGGGCUGCUACUUGUCGUCGGGUUGUGCGCGUUCAGCGUCACAUCUUCUCUGAAAAUCUGCGCUUUCAAUGUUCAGAGUUUCGGUGAAUCCAAGGCAAACAACAAGAGGGUGAUGGGAGUUCUACUGAAGAUCCUCUCUCGGUGCGACUUGAGCCUCAUUCAGGAGGUCCGGGACUCUAAAGGGAAAGCAAUACAAGCUUUGGUCAAGGAUCUUAACAGAUUCGACAAAUCCAACUCCUAUUCCUCUGAGGAAAGUGAACGAAUGGGCAGGAAGAGCUACAAAGAGCAAUACGUCUACAUUUACAAGAAUAAUAUGCUAAAGGUCAAGGAGCGCUUCCAGCAUCCUAAACUGGAGGGAGAGGGAACCAAUGAGACUGACGUUUUCUCCAGAGAGCCUUUUGUCAUCCGCGUUCACUCCCCCACUACAUUGGUGAAGGAUUUUGUCCUUGUUGGGCAACACACAUGUCCAAAAACAGCCAUGCAGGAGAUUGAUGAGCUGUACGGCGUGGUCAAGCAGAUUCACAAGAAAUGGAAAACCGAGAACGUGAUCAUCUUGGGGGACCUAAACGCAGGCUGCAGCUACGUCACCGUUAAAGGGUGGAAGGCUGUGCGCCUCAGGAACGAUCCCGGAUUUCACUGGCUAAUUGGAGACGAGCAGGACACGACGGUCAGAGAGAAGACUCGGUGCGCCUACGACAGGAUCAUUGUUCACGGUCGGGAGAUUAUUUCUGGCGUAGUUCCUGGUUCAGCUCAAGCGUUUAACUUCAAGGAAAACUUCCAUCUUACAGAGCAAGAGGCUCUUGAGGUGAGUGAUCAUUUUCCUGUUGAAGUUGAUCUGAGGCCAACUCACCGCUACCUCCUGAGGAACGAGCUGUAGGUCACAGCACAUCCCCUCUAACAAGACUUAUUUUAACUUGAAAUGUAAUUUUUUUUUUCUCCUGUUUUUAAUUU